CAGAAAAAAUGGAACCAUGCAAACAAAACAAAACAAAACAAAACAAAGUAAAAUCCUCAGUUUUGAAAUCACAAGAAAUUGAAUCAAUAUUGAUUUAAACGAAGUUUUGUCAGUUGGUUGAAGAAUCAAAGAGAACAAGAAGAAUAGCAUUGUUGGAAUCUGAAACUGGAUCAAUUGCAAACAUAACUAAUAAGAUUUGACGCCAUGGAUAUGCUGAAACUACCAGAUUCAAUUUCAGCUGAAACAUUGUGUAGAUUAGCUAACGGGAAUACAUUAGUUGCUGGUUUUUCCUUCGUUCUUAUAUCCUUCUCCUUGCUCUUCCAACUAAUCCGUCCUUUCUUUCGCCUUACAAAACAACCUCCAAUCGUCCUUGAAAUCAUGGUAGGACUUUUUUUGGGAAAUGUAGGGUUCAUGGUUGAGUAUCUUAACUUGUUUUCAAGUCACACAUUCGCGGCAAUUUCAGAAAUUGGAAUGAGUUGUUAUGCUUUAGUUUUAGGGAUAAAUUUUGAUGUAACGCUACUUGGACAUACCCCACCUGAAGCCAUAGUAGCUUACACUGGGAUUUUAUCAACUGUCCUCGUCGCUGCUACUACAGCUGUACCACUUAUACAUUUUGGAUUUGACCAUGACAUGAAGGAUACUGCGAGUUUCGGAUUCAUAUUGGCCUUGUCAUUAACCGUGGCAGGUACUUCUUCUCCAGUGUUAACACAACUAUUUACUGAAGCAAAUUUCUCUAGAUCGGAUAUCGGAAAACUAGUUACUGGUGCCGGAAUCUAUACUGAGUUAACCACUAUGAUUCUUCUCGGUAUUAUUUCGUUUUUCCGGAACAAUGAAAUUGAUAACAAGAAGCCGGCAAUAAUAGGAGCUUCUGUAAGUUUUGUUUCCACCGUCCUGGUUCUCUAUUGCCUAUAUAAAAUGCUACCAUUGCUCGCAAACUGGAUGCAGAAAAAUAACCCAAAAGGAAAACCAAUGAGAGGCAUUGAUGUGAUUCUGCUUGUAGGUAGCAUGUCAUCAAUGUGCUUGUUUCUACCUGCAAUUUUAGGCUUCAGUCAAGCUAUGACGUCUUUCGUGAUUGGAUUAUGUUUUCCUAGAAAAGGAAGACUAACAUACGUUUUGCUCCGUACACUUAAUCAGCUUUUGAGAUUGUUUUUUUUCCCAAUCUACUUCUGUUGGAUAGGUACAAAUAUUAGAUCAUACAAGGAUUUGAAAUCAGAGUCUUACAAGUACAUAUUCGUCAAGUUGUUCUUCCUUUACGUAAUUAUACUGAGUGGGAAAAUUUUAGGAGCUCUAAUUUCUGGUGUUAUUUUGGGAUUUCAUUGGCCUAUCGCAGUCGCAAUAGGAUUGUUUCUGAACGUCAAGGGUCCAUUUCAUAUUUUCAUUGCCACGUUCGCCGUCGAGAACGAAUUCAUGGGCGCUGGCAGCUUCCUCGUGUUCCUAUUACAUGCUGUACUCUCCAUUUCAGUGAUUCCUUAUAUCAUGAAAUUCGUCAUCCAAAUGGCACAGAUGGAACCUACACACCCGUUGAUGGCACUCCAAUGGUUUGACUCGAAUUCUGAACUUCGUAUGUUGGUUGGUAUCCAUGGACAUCAGAAUGUGCCAACCACGAUAAAUCUCAUGGAGAUUUCUCGAGGUAGUGGUUCACCUUGCAUUUCGGUGUAUUUAACUGAUUUGAUCGAGAUGAACGACAAGCAGUCGGCGGUGUUUAUACCUGAUUACCAAGAAGAUGACUGUCCCUCAUCAGCAGCAGCAGCUGAUGCUAACGUGACAAUGGCCGAUGAAUCUGUUGUGAACAUGCGAGACCAAAUAACGAAUAUGAUUCUAACGUACGUCCAAAAGAGCGGUGGGGGUGUUAACGUACACCGGUUACUAGCAAUCUCAAAAUUUUCUAACAUGCACCAAGACAUAUACAAUCUCGCCGAGGCAGUUCAAGCUUCUUUAAUCAUCUUGCCGUACCAUAGGAAUCAGAGAAAAGACGGAAAGAUGGGUAACAUUCACCACGGAUUCAGACAUGUAAACCGUAAGGUGUUUCGACAUCCUCCCUGCUCGGUAGCGGUACUGCUGGAUCGUGGUUUUGGAAAGGCACUAGCAGAAGAGUCAUGUAUGAAACUUCAAGUGGCAGUUCUUUUCAUAGGAGGGAAGGACGAUAGAGAAGCAUUAGCCUACGCUACUCGAAUAACACAACAUUCUGGAGUCGACCUCACAGCCGUACGUUUCUUACAAGACGAAGAAAAAGCAGCAAGUAGAGCAAAGAGGACAAUGUCAAAUCACGCAAGGGCGCUGGAGGAACUAGAACUGAGUCUCGAUAAUGAAUAUUUCGCUAACUUUUAUGAGAAUCAAGUGGCACUGAGAAAGGUUGGAUACUUGGAAAAACAUGUUGCAAGUGGCAAAGAGAUAGUUUCUGUAUUGAAGUCAUUGGAAGAACAACAUGCCCUUUUCAUUGCGGGCCGGGGAGGACGAGGAGGCAGGGUAAAUUCAUUUUUGGAUGCCGGGAUAGGCGAUUCAGAAGAAUGUCCUGAUCUAGGACCCAUCGGAGAAAUCCUUGCUGAUUCGGAUUUUUCUACCACAGCCUCGGUGUUAAUCAUCCAGCAACAUUUUCGAGAAGAAGUUAAAAAAGAUGAAUACAAAAUUCUUCCAGUAUAGUUGUUAUGUGAUUUUUCCGUUCUAUAGUGACUAUAACAACCUUGAGAAUAGAAAUUAGAGUAGGACUAGUAGUGUAAAGAAAUUGUUCAUUGUACAUCCAAGUUUUAGCUGUAGAUUCACAAAUGAAGUGUCACCCAACAAUGCUAUGUUGACGCCCAAAAAUCCCGGGGUAAAUCCCGGGAAGAUAUCGUGCGGCAGUUGGGCAAUGCCCUCUACCAUCGGGAUUGGUGUAUGGCAUCCGGGUCCCAGCUCUAUGUCUCUUUCGGUGAUAUCCACGGGAUAAAAUCCCGGUAGGUGUAUCAUUAUUGCCGAAAAUGUGUCUGUCAAUGAUCAUGAAUUAUGAGUUGAACGAUUUUUUUUAAUAAGAUAGAAUAGAGGCUCCUGGAACUAUACCUAGGUAUUUCUUUUAUAAGAUAGAACACUGGUCCCUAGAACUACAUGUAGGUUCAUUAGCUUAGGAUUUAUAUUAUUGCGGGAGUUUGAUCCUGUCAGAGUUUAUACUAUUACAACGGAAGCGGGUAUUGGUUCGUACCUUGAACUUGAGCUCCGAUUAGCAAGAACAAGAAGCAGCAGCAGCAACAACGUUUCAACAUGACGAUCAGCAGGCACUUCAAUCUCCAAGGAUGAGCACGAACUUGAUUCACAUGCUAAGAACUUGAAACUUUUUAUCCUGAUGGUAACUCUCCUUAGGGUUAGAGUUAUCACUUUUCUAAUGCUAAAACAUUUUGUGUGA